UUCAUGAAGUCAUCCUAUCAAUCACGACCUCCCCUCCAUUUUUGUACAUUUCAUACGGUAUCUCAUCUAGCCCUACUGCCUUCCCAAUUUUCUGUCCUCUCACACAUUUCUCCACCUCUCAGGUGAUUCUCUCAUUCAUUUCAUCCGCAUAUUCUUCCUUUCCAGUGUCACACAUCUCUCACAUGAACUACUUCACCAUCACCUCCAGUCUCUUCCCAAAACUCUUUAAUCAUCAUUCUCACAUCUUCUUUGUCUGUCAUCAAUGGCCCAUUCACAUUCUUACCGCUCUUUUCUGUCUUACUUCUAACUUCUCUAUUUAAUUUUCAUUCCUCACAUUCACAUCCAUACCAACUGUUUACAGAGGCAAUUUUGCUUUAAGAUCUAGAUCAAGACCGGGCCCGCGCUCGCCGCUUGAUUGGUGUGUCUGGGUUGACUCUUUGCCAUGGCUCUGCCAGGCAUUCCUUGCAGACAGAAACGGAGGAUGUCCCAUGAGGAUGAUGGAAAUGCAUCUAAGAAACAAAAGGUAAACAUUGGAUAUGAAAGCAAAACAUUACUGGAAUUCAGACCUGUCAGUAACUUCUGUGGCCCGGGCAGAUUCCCACUGAAACACAUCCUGAGGAAUGUUCAUGGAGAGGAGGGAGUGAAAAAUAUUCUGAAGGACAUCCUGGCAACAAACACUGGAGCCAAGAACCCUUGUGUUACACCAGAUUACCUUCUUGCCUACUCAGACAUUGGAAAAAUUUUGAAAGAAAUUAUAAAAAACUUUGAAAAACUGAACUUCAAGAAAUUUAAGAAUAUCAUUGAAAAACAAAUAAAGGCAACCAGAUAUGAGAAAUAUAAGAAGAUGAAGUCAGGAGAUCUGCUUGACUUACUGAAGAUGUCACCAUUUUGCAAGGACGGGAAUGAUGUGAAAGAAGAAUUAUUGGUAAACAACAAUUCCUCAGAAACUGAAUAUGGAAACACAUCUAAGGGAACUGUUUUUCAUGUCCUGAAUGUAGCACUAAACUCAAUAGUUCCUCAGUCUACAUGGGGUAACCAAGAUAACUACAGCAGAAUGGAGUUUUUUCUAUGGCAGCUUGUGGACAUGGGACUGCGAGAAACCAUGAGCAUUGGUGUGCUGCUUGAUGGGAUGAAACUGGAGGAUAUGAGAUGGGCAAAGGAACUUCCACUCGAACAAAAAGUCUACAUAGUGAGUAAAUUCUUUGUUUGGAUUGUAGAAAAAAUCAUUAUUGUAACUCUGAAGUCAGUCUUUUACCAAACAGAGAUGUCAAGUGGUGGCUACCAAAUUUUUUUCUUCCCCAAGAAUAAAAUUGACUCACUAAUGCAGAAGACAGUAAAUUCCAUAUGUGAGGUGAUGCCAUUAGAAAGUGUGGUUAAGGGUGUAAUAAGAAAGAUAUUGCCAAAGAAAUCAGGAGGAGUGCGUCCUCUUUUCAGAGAAACGGCCAUACACAAAAAGUCUCGAACACUUUUUGAAGCAAAACAGCUUCUGAGGUAUUUGGCAAACAAGGAACAGAAAAGAAUAGCUUCUUUCCCUGAGGUUUGGCAAAAUGCCCUCUACAUGCUGGGGAAAGAGAGCAAACUCUACUUUGUAAAGACUGACAUCAAAGAUGCCUUCUCAUCAGUAGAUGUCCCUCAGCUUCUGGUGCAGCUGUAUCAGGUUUGCAAAAACCUGAAAACUUUGGAAUUCAUAAAAUACUCUAAGGGAAGAAAGGAACUAAAUAUUCCUGUAGAUAUUACUAAAGAUCUUUCUUAUAAACAUCUAAAAAAUUUUAAGAAACAGAGCCAUUUUACAAUAAAUGUACAUGACAUCCUACUUACCAUUGAGGCAUCACUUCAGCCUUGUGUGCUUUACAAUAAGUUGAAAAUAAAAGUAGCUGAGGGACUCCCACAGGGAUGCUUUCUCUCCCUUGAUCUUUGUGAGUUUUACUAUGCAAGGAUGACUUCUUUGUAUCUAGAUGACUUACAAGCUAAUAAUGAAGGGAUAAUAAUCAGAGUAGUAGAUGACUUCUUGUUUUUGUCCAAAUCAUUAGAAAAAGCUCAAGAAUUCAGAUUUCGCAUGAUGAAAGGAAUUAAAGAGUUCAAUUGCCACAUAAAUUUAAAGAAAACUGACUCAAAUAUUGAUUAUCAGAAAGACAGAAUACAUUUCAAUGGUUACAUAAUCUGUAUGAGUACCAAGUCCCUUUUGAUAAAUGUAUCAGACUUAACCAAAGUCCCUCCAAGAUACUCCUUGACGUUUGAAACUGCUGGUAACAUGAAAGAAUUUAUUAGUAACAAAUUAUUCAUAAUAUCAAAGAAUCGUCUUCAAAGGCAUAUGAUAGAUCCCAGGUCUGCUGAUUCUGACACAUUCCUAUCAAAUGUUUGGCGAGUUGGAAUCCAUUGUGGUGCAAAACUCCAGGCUCUUUGUCAAGUUUGUGACACUUAUGGUAAGUUUAAUAAUAGUUCUAUGUAUGUCAGGGCAGUACUGAAUUUAUCUAAAGGUACUUUCAAAAGAAUAACAAGUUACAAAUGUAAUGUCUUGGGAGAGAACAUUUUUAUUUCUCUUUUAGUGUGCAGUAUAUACCAUUCUUUUAGUAGAAUGGCACAAAGCAGUUUUGAAAUUCUACAGAAUAAGCUCAGAACUCUUGCUCUCAAUCACUUAGCUAAAGUUACAGAAGCCAAGGAACAGAAGCUGAAAGAUGAUCUGUUGUCUCUUUUAGAAAGUAGUGUCUCUGGACAGUAGCUGUUAAAAACUUCAGCCGAGUUGCUUCCUUAGAGACACUCUUUUAUAUUUUAUAUGGCUUGUUCUGUGGAUACAAGAAGUAGAAUUUGAAGAAUUUUGAAUCUGAUUACCACUCUACCUAAGCUCAUAAUUUAAGUUCUGCUUCAACCACAGCUUUAUGUUUUACAUUUUAUUUGAAUCCAGUUUUUGCUGCUUUCUAUGUUUUAAUGCUUUUACUUUACUUUUAUUCUGUUCACUAAUGUUGAAUCAUGUUAUGUUCUUUAAGUAAUUGUAUGGAACAUCCAAGAUGUGUAUGUAAGUUCAGCAUGAAAAUGUAUUUACUCUAUAUUUCCUUGUUUAUAUUGGUGAAAAUGAUCUCAAGUUGAUUGUGGGAUUACAUUAUCAGGAGGGUCCAAGAAACUUGUAUGGCAUGUAGAAAUACUUUUAUUUGUAUAUUUUAUGAUCCAGAUUCAAUUAUGUAAGAUUUCUUUUAUUUUAGUUUACUUAAUACAUUAUAAUAUAAAGUCAGACAUAUAUAAUUGUAGAAUUUCUGUGAUACGUGAAUGGAAAUUAAAUGAGAUGUGCCUAGUAUUCACAAGAGAUGACAGUGAAAAGGUGUUCUGAGGUGAAGUUAAGGUAGAUACUUGUAGUUGAAGGUUGAAUUAAUGGACUCCUCUUUGUACAGUAACAAGCUCCCAAAGUAAGAAGAAUUAGAGGAACAAUAUCUAUGUUUUGUAUCAAUAAAGUUCAUUGGCUACUUC